AUGUCUUAUCCUCCACCACCGGCAGCGCCUCCUUAUAUGCCUCCUAGUGGUCAGCCACAGGCCUACCCUGCGUAUCCUCAGCAGCCGCCCGCCUAUCCCCCUGGUUAUCAGCAGCCUGCAUACACACCAACCCAGGGUGAUUUUGAUGGAGGCAACCCUACCAACAACCAGUUUGCUGCAUCGCCUUUUAGCGAUAAGACCAUCAGACGCCGAUUCGUUGGCAAAGUUUAUUCCAUAUUGGCGGUCCAAUUGCUAGUGACCGCUGCAAUCGUCGCUAUAUUCACGCUUGUCGCCGUCUUCUUUGCCACGUACAUUGCACUGGCCUGCUGCGGUAAUGUACGUCGCAAAUUCCCCGGCAACUUCAUCGCGCUCGGUGUAUUUACCCUGGCACUGGCCUACAUGGCAGGUACCCUGUCGGCGAUGUACACAGUGAGCUCGGUCCUCGUAUGUCUCCUCAUAACGCUGGGUGUCUGCGUCUCAGUCUCCAUUGCGGCCAUUUGCUGUCCCUGUGACAUCACCAAAUGCCAGGCGGUGAUCGCCUUCCUUAGUAUCCUUCUCUUCAUUUUUGGAAUCGCCGUUAUGAUCACCUACUUCGUUGCUGGAUACAAUCAGACCCUGUAUGCUGUCUAUGGAGGCAUUGCCGCCGUGGUUUUUUCAAUCUAUCUAGCCUUCGACACGCAGAUGAUCAUGGGCGGUCGGAAGUAUGAAUUGUCGCCGGAGGAGUACAUCUACGGCGCGAUGCAGCUGUAUUGCGAUGUGGUUAACCUCUUCAUGAUUUUCCUUUCACUCUUCGGAGUGAGCAAUGCAUCAGAUGCGGCAAUUAAAUCACUCGUUGCCAAGGUCACCGAAGGGGGCGGUCACUGUGCUCCCGCUCAGCAGCCUGGCCUCCGGGCCAUCCCGGUAGUACCUCAGCCUAUCUUUACACCGCUAACACAUAUUCUGCCCUGA